AUGAUUAAAAAUAGUAUUUUAAGAUUUAUCCUAUCAGAAAAAAUUUAAGUAGAUCAGUAAUAAAAAACAAAAAAUAGAAGAAAAUAAUAAGAAGAAAUUAAAAAAAAUAAGCUUAAAAAUAAAAUGUAAUCAAACAGAGUUAUUUUGGCUACAGCAUCUUAUGAUCAUACUAUAAGAUUAUGGGAUUAGAAUUAAGGAUGUAUAGAAACUAUGUCAUAUUCUUCUAAUAUACCUAAACGUUUCGAUCAAAUUAAUAAAUAAGGAUUUUUGGUAAAUAAGAUUGAAAUUUCUCAGAAUAAGCAAUACUUAGGUGCAGCUACUAGCUUUUUAGCCAUGAUUUAUGAUUUAGGAAAGGCUUAGUUAUCUAAAAUACCAGUUUUUGCUUAUGAUGGCUACAAAAAUAAUGUGACUUCAAUAGGAUUCAAUUAAGAUAGCAAAUGGAUCUAUACUGGUUCUGAAGAUGGUAGUAUACAAAUCCACCAUUUAGCUAUGCAAGGUGUACCUAAAAUAUUUUCUAACAAAGAACCAGUGAGUUAAGUUGUGUUACAUCCAAAUGAAGUUGAUUUAAUUUCAGUUGAUCAAGAUGGAAUCUUAAAAAUAUGGGAUUUAAGAAAUGAAAGUUAAUGCAGAAAAGAAAUAGUUUUGGCUCCUAAAAUAGGCUUAAGAUCUGUUUCAAUCGCCACGAAUGCUUAAUUUUUUUGUGCAGCAGAUUCCUCUGGAACUCUCUUUAUACAAAACCUAGGUAGAAAUGAUGAAAUCAUUUCUCAGCAAAAGAUUGAGAAUGCCCAUAAUGAUUAUAUUCUCAAAUGUUAGAUCUCUCCAUUUGCCAAGGAUAUAGUUACUUGUAGCGCUGAUAGAUCUAUUAAAAUUUGGAGCUUAAAUCCAUAAUCUUAAAAAUUUGAGCACAAAAAUACACUCUAUCAUUAUAGAUGGGUUUGGGAUGUAUCCUAUGGGUGUGAUGGUUAAUUUUUAUUCUCUUGUUCCAGUGAUAAUACUGCCAAACUAUGGAAACUUGAUAAAGAGUCAAAUUAAGUUGAAUAUUAAAUAUUCAAAGGACAUACUUAAACAGUUAAUUGUGUAGCCAUUAAUGAUAUUGCUAUUAAUUGUUGA